AUGGAGCCUCAAGGUCCGCUAAAGGAGCUCUGCGAGGAAGCCUCUUGCUCCAUCUGCCUGGACUAUUUCACAGACCCCGUCAUGAUCGCCGAGUGCGGCCACAACUUCUGCCGAGCCUGCCUGACCCGCAGCUGGGGGGAGUCGUCGGGGGCCGCCGAGCCUUCCUGCCCCCAGUGCAGAGGAAAAGCGCAGCCCAGCAGCCUCAGGCCGAACCAGCAGCUGGCCAACGUGGUGGCAAUAGCCAAGAAAUUCACUCUGCAGGAGCGGAAAGAUGCUGCGGGUGCGAACGGGCCACUCUGCCAGAAGCACCAGGAGCUGCUGAGGUUUUCCUGCCAGGACGACGAAGCCCCCUUCUGCAUGGUCUGCGGCAUAUCCCAGGAGCUCAGAGAGGUGCUGAUUCCUCUGGGGGAGGCGGGGAAUCGGCAUCAGGCGGUCGGGGCAGCCGGAAAAGGGAGAGUUUGCCAAAAGCACCAGGAGCCCCUGAAGCUCUUCUGCAAGGAUGAUGAAGCCCUCAUCUGUGUGGUCUGUGACCGAUCCAAGGAGCACAGAGAACAUGAAACCCUUCCUCUUGAGGAGGCCUCCCAAGAGUACAAGGAUCAGUUCCGCAACUGUCUGGAGAUCCUGGAGAAGGAGAGAGAGAGAAUUGUGGCGUAUAAAGGAGACAUUGAGAGGGAAAGCCAAGACUUGCUUAAACAAACCCAAGGAGAGAAGCAAGAGGCAGUAGCAAAGUUCAGGCAACUGCACACGUUUCUGGAGGAACAAGAGAAGCUUUUGCUGGCCCAGAUGGAAGAGGUGGAGAUGGAGGUGGCAAAGAAAAGGGACCAGCACCUGGCCGCACUCUCUGAGGCCCUCUCCUCUCUCGAAAGCCUCAUCCGGGAGAUGGAAGAGAAGUGUCAGCAGUCAGCCAGUGAUCUCCUGCAGGAUUGCAGAAGCACCUUGCAGAAGUAUGAAGAAAAGGAGUCAUUUGAGAAUCCAGUGGAUUUCCCACUUGCCCUGAAGUGGCACAUCUCGUCCUUCUCAUAUUUCAGUCCCCCUUUGGAGGUCAUCAAGAGGCAACUCAAAGACACUCUGGAUUCUGGACUUCAUCUGCAGAAAGCAAAUGUGAGUCUGGAUCCGAACACAGCCCAUAAAAGGCUCAUCCUGUCUGAGGGUCAGAAAAGUGUGAGACGAGGAGAAAAACCUCAAGCUCUGCCCACCAGUCCGGAGAGAUUUGAGAACUAUAGUGCUGUGCUGGGCUGUGAGGGAUUCACAGGAGGCUGCCAUUUCUGGGAAGUCCUUGUGGGAAAUGAGGAAAGAUGGGCUGUGGGGGUGGCCAGAAAGUCUGUGAGGAGGAAGGAAUCGUUCAUCUUUAGUCCUGAGGAAGGGAUCUGGGCUAUGGGGAAGGAGUCAGGGAUGCACAGCGCUUUUAUAAAAGAAUGUGACUUUCCCCUGACUGUGACUGGGGAGCUGAAGAGGAUCCGAGUGUGCCUGAACUAUGCUGGGGGUCGAGUGGCCUUUUUUGAUGCUGACCGAGCAGCCCUUCUCUACGAGUUCUCUGGAGCCUCCUUCUUUGGAGAGACCCUCCUUCCCUUCUUUUGGGUGUAUGGAAAAGCCCACCUCAAAAUCUCUUCCUAGGACCUUUUCUUCACACCAGGACCACCAAGAAGAAAAUAGAAUUUCUCAAUAUUCUUCCUUUUUUCAAGGCCUGUGAAGACCUCUCCUGUCUCCAGCCACCAAAAUUGACUGGGGUAAAAUGGAAAUAUUUCCCCCUCCAUUUCCCAACAUUCCUCCCCCCCCUUUGUAUCUUAUUCCUUAAAGUGACAGUAAUGCCUUUCCCAUUGUAAAAGAUACAGGAGAGCUCUGAACAGACCCCGCCCCCCCCCCUUGAUCUCUCCAGCCUUCGUUCUCCUCAAGCACAAUAGAGGAACUGCUGCAGAGCCUACAGAGGAAGACGAGGUCCUGCAUGUUUCAGUUACUAUUUGGGAUUUCCUCUUUUCUUUAAUGGGCACUAUCUGCUAGGUUUAGCCCUGUGUUCAGCCUGCCUUUUCUGAUGGACACUGGAGAUCCUGUCCCUGCCAAGGUAGCUGUGUUCAGAGACCACUUGUGUUUCAGUUAUGCCAGAGACUGAAAAGAAGUUAUGUUUAUUAUAAAGUGAUGUUUUGUUGAAAAGUC